UGUAGAUGCAUUCACGGUGCCAUUAUUAAAACAACAAUAAAAUACAUUUAAAUUUGCAAAAUUAAAAAAUUAAUAGAAAUCGUUCGAAAUGCGUUUGUAUGUGAAACGUAAAAGUGGAAAUGGUGAACUCAACCUGAGUUACGAAGGAAAAUAUCUAUUGGAUCCACGAUAUAUGACGAAACGUGAUUUACAGUUUUACUAUCGCUACUACAAUAUGACGAAGAAACGAAAACACUUCAAGAAGAUAAUCAUAGUGGUUCUGUGCAUAUGUUUCUUUUCUUACAUUUUCAUAGAUUUUAAUUUGAAGACGAAAUUAAUACAUUUGCGAGACCGCUUUGAGUUUAUCGCUCGCAUUGAUGCUGACUAUAACAUAACCCAGGCAUAUUUUAUUGAUUUGCCUGGAUGCCGUAUGCCUUACUUCCCUGUCACCGAUGACAAUAUCAUUCAAUUCAUGUACAAGCCUAGAAAUUUUUCAUGCAAAAAAGCUUUAAUGCGCACCAGUGAUGUUGGUGGUGCAGUCCUCAUGUUGAAUAUGAACUCAAAGGAAAUCUAUGAUUUGUAUGAAAUACGAGACUUGUCCGAUUUGUGUUGCAACUACACAGAAAUACGACGAAUUAAUGAUCAACACAAUCAAUAUUUAGAGCCAGUUCCGUUUCAGCUUGACUACAAUAGAAACAUGCCUGUUAAGCCGGGCAUUGAAUUCAUAAUGGUCGAGUGCUGGCCGAAAAAUAAUGAAGAAAAUAUUAUCUACAAAGAUUUUCAUUUCUUUGUCAUUGAAAAUAUUGCCUCAAAUUGCAUAACAAGUAGUACUCAAAGGGAUGAAUUGUUGGUGGAAGAGGAUGACUUAAGGAGUUCAACAACGUCAAAUUCGUCGAAUUCAUCUCGCAUUAAAACAGAUAAUCAUACUGCAACCCAGAACGAUAAUCGCCUGUCGGUUAUGAUCUUGGGUAUGGACAGUGUAUCACAUUUGAAUUUUUUGCGCCAAAUGCGUUCAAGUGCUUCCUAUAUACACAACAAACUGAAUCAUAUUGAAUUUUGGGGCUACAACAAGGUGGGCGAUAAUACUUACCCCAAUUUAAUGCCGGUUUUAACAGGCUUCGACGAAGAUGAGGUGGCCAUUUCCUGUCUAGGUCCACCUGCUAAAUUUUCAUCUAGUGUUUAUGACAACUGUUCUCUAAUAUGGAAACGAUAUAAAGAAGCUGGUUUUAAAACCGUCUACGCCGAAGAUGUUGGUGCUCUGAGUCUAUUCAACUGGCGACAUUCAGGAUUCAAAAAGCCCCCUACCGAUUACUAUCUUCGUCCAAUACUGCUGGAGAUGGAACGACAUAUCAGUAAUGAGAAGCGUUUAAAUGUGGCUCUAUGCAUGGGUGGACGACGGACAGCUGAUGUUCUGCUCGAGUAUAUUCAUAAACUGAUACCGGUGAUGAAGAAUGAAAACUUUUUUGCUUUCUUUUGGACAGUUGCAAUGACGCAUGACCUAUUUAAUAUGCCCAUGUUAUUCGACGAAGACAUAAAACAUCUCUUGGAAAAGUUCGACGCGAACGGAAUUCUCAAUCGCACAAUUAUAUUCCUUAUGAGUGAUCAUGGCAUAAGAUGGGGAUCAUUUCGUAAGACAUACCAGGGCAUGAUGGAAGAGCGUCUGCCACUUCUUAUAGCACUCUAUCCACCCUGGUUCAAACAAAAAUAUCCAGAGGCUGUGGCCAAUUUAGAAGCGAAUGCAAAACGUUUAUCAACACCCUACGAUCUUCAUGCUACAAUGUUGGAUCUCCUCGACUUACGCAAGUUAAGUGCCAAGCAAUUGAUCAAACGAAGCGCUGAGCUGAACGAUCCUGAUACAAGCAUGCCUCGAAGCAUCAGCCUCUUUAUGCCCAUUCCUAAAAGUCGAACUUGCGAAAAUGCAUACAUUGCUUCACAUUGGUGCAGUUGCCAUCAGCGCCAAGAGUUACCCACCAACGAUGGCCGUGUACAACGAGCAGCACGUUACAUUGUCAAAUUAAUAAAUGAUCGGCUUAAAGAUCAUCCUCAAUGUCGUGUUUUGUACUUGAACUCAAUAACAGAUGCUACAGUAGCAGCGCCUCAUCAUAAAAUCGUAAAGGAAUUAGGUGUCAGUGAUUAUUCAAUUGACAUAACACUGCGUCUGCAGACAAAACCCGGCCUCGGUCUUUUCGAAUCGACUGUCCGAAUGUCAAGUUAUAGCACUGCAUUGACAGGCACUAUAAGUCGCAUAAAUCUCUACAGCAGUCAAAGUUACUGCAUCGAUGAUUAUGCCCUGAAAAUGUUUUGCUAUUGCCACAGAUAAACGUAGCAACUUUGAAUCGAUCUGUUUGUUA